CUGAAUAAAUGACUGUAAACUCGUGUCCUCCUCCAAAAUGGGGGGGGGUCGUUCGACACUCAAACUAGGAAGACUACGAGAAGAAAAAGGGGUGUCAAUAGAACAAUCACUGUCAUGCAAAUGAGAUAUUCGAUCGAAAUCUUGACGAAAACCCCUAAUCUUGACCUGAGCCUUAUCGAAGAAAUCCUCAUGAGCAUCAAGAUCCUUGUCAUUGUCGUGAUCAUCGGCCAAGGAAUGGCAAACGACGGCGGCUUCGGCUUCUCGAUAGAAGUUCAACUUCGUCUCCCACGUCUUCAAUUUUGUCUCCAAAUAGAAUGGAUCGUCUCCCUCAAUGAAGGAUUCAAUCGCAUCCAGAGCCGCCCGUUUGGCACGUGUAGCUCAAACCACGAAUCCAAAAUCCGAUCCAAAUUCAGGAAGCAGAAUAUCACCAAGUCCAACGAUGAAGAUCCAAUUGGGUACACAUGGAACACAAUUGCAAGUCGGUUUACCUCCACGGAAUAGUCUUAACACCGAGUAGAAACUUAAAUAUAAUUCGGAUGAUUUGGAAAUGGGUCUACCGACCAUGACAAGCAG